AUAAGAGAGACGUGUCCGUCAGUCAGCGAUCAGUCAAUUUUCCUAAAAUCGAAUAAUUGUUGGAACUGAUGUAUGAAAAUACAGUUGUUGUGAUUUUUUAGAUUAGUUAUCAAUAAUACUACAAGUUAAGAUGCCGGCCACCGCCGUUGCGAGGCCGGGCAAUGGCCGCAACAAAGGGAUAUUCCAUAAUACUGCCGGCUUCAGCACCCUCAUCACUGUUACGGUUCUAUCGCUUGCUUGGCUGGCCGGUUUUGCGUCCCGGCUCUUUGCAGUGAUUCGGUUUGAGAGUAUAAUUCAUGAGUUUGAUCCAUGGUUCAACUACCGUUCGACGGCAUACAUGGUACAGCAUGGAUUUUACAACUUCUUGAACUGGUUCGACGAGCGUGCGUGGUACCCGCUGGGCCGUAUUGUGGGCGGCACCGUGUACCCUGGCUUGAUGAUCACGUCAGGCACUAUACACUGGAUAUUACAUGCCUUGAAUAUCCCCAUACAUAUAAGAGACAUCUGUGUCUUCCUGGCCCCUGUAUUCAGUGGCCUCACAGCAAUAGCUACAUAUCUGCUAACAUCAGAGCUAUGGUCCCGCGGAGCAGGCUUAUUUGCCGCUUGCUUCAUCGCCAUUGUGCCUGGCUACAGCAGUCGGUCGGUAGCCGGAAGUUAUGACAACGAGGGCAUUGCUAUAUUUGCACUGCAGUUCACAUAUUAUUUGUGGCUGAAGAGUGUCAAAAGUGGCUCAGUUUUCUGGUCCAUAUGCACUGCUCUGUCUUACUUUUACAUGGUGUCAGCAUGGGGAGGCUACGUGUUCAUCAUCAACCUGAUCCCUCUCCACGUGUUCGUGCUGCUCAUCAUGGGACGGUUCUCACAGCGACUGUUCGUCAGCUACACAGUAUUCUACAUCAUCGGGCUACUGCUGUCCAUGCAGAUUCCAUUUGUAGGAUUCCAGCCAAUUCGUACUAGUGAACACAUGGCGGCGUCAGGUGUUUUCGCGCUGUUAAUGGCGGUAGGCGCCCUCAAAUAUCUACACAGCUUGAACCCUAAGGGCCAGUGGAAGCAGCUGUUGAUCGUUGGCGGGUUCCUGGCGGCCGGCGCGGUCUUCCUGGUCGUAGUACUGUUGACCUAUAUGGGCGUCAUUGCACCGUGGAGUGGACGGUUCUAUUCCCUCUGGGACACGGCAUACGCCAAGAUCCACAUCCCGAUCAUCGCGUCGGUGUCGGAGCAUCAGCCGACGACCUGGUCGUCAUUCUUUUUCGACCUCCACGUGUUGGUGUGCACUUUCCCCGUCGGUCUAUGGUACUGCAUCAAGAAUAUCAACGAUGAGAGAGUAUUUGUGGCUCUCUACGCGCUCAGCGCAGUAUACUUCGCGGGAGUCAUGGUGCGUCUGAUGCUGACGCUGACGCCUGCCGUGUGCGUGCUGGCUGGCAUUGCCUUCUCGGUACUACUCGACCUGGUGCUGCGAGAGGAGGAACUUAGUGCGCCGCCGCCUGACGACGAGUCCAAGAGCCUGUACGACAAGGCGGGCAAGCUAAAGAAGCGUCCACACGAGACCACCACCAACGGCGGCGAGGGCGGUCUGGGCAUGAACGUCCGCUCGGGCACGCUCAUCGCGUUCAUGAUACUGCUGAUGCUGUUCUCCGUGCACUGCACCUGGGCCACCUCCAACGCCUACUCCAGCCCGAGCAUCGUGCUGGCCAGCUACGGGAACGACGGAUCACGAAGAAUUCUGGACGACUUCAGGGAAGCUUACGGUUGGUUGUCACAGAACACGGCCGAGGACGCGAGAAUCAUGUCUUGGUGGGAUUAUGGUUACCAGAUCGCUGGCAUGGGUAACCGGACAACACUAGUGGAUAACAACACAUGGAAUAACUCUCACAUAGCGCUCGUAGGCAAGGCUAUGGCCAGUAACGAGAGCGCCGCCUACUCUAUAAUGACGGAACUAGACGUGGACUAUGUACUGGUGAUCUUUGGAGGCGCGAUUGGGUACUCGGGAGAUGACAUCAAUAAGUUCAUCUGGAUGGUCCGCAUUGCUGAGGGAGAACACCCUAAGGAUAUACACGAAGCCGACUAUUUCACGGAGAGAGGCGAAUACAGAGUUGAUUCAGAAGCGUCGAAAACUAUGCUCAACUGUUUAAUGUAUAAGCUAUCAUAUUAUAGAUACGACAGCGGCGGGAGCCCGCCGGGCUACGACCGCACGCGCGGCGCGCUGCCCGGCAACCGCGGCUUCAAGCUCACCUACCUGGAGGAGGCCUACACCACCGAGCACUGGCUCGUCCGGAUAUACAGGGUCAAAAAACCUGAUGAAUUCAACCGCCCUCGUCUUCCAUUGGCGAAGAGGACAAUAUCAACCACCGGUGCUGUUUCUAAAAAGCUUGCGAUAGGACCUGGAAAUUUGACUUCGAAGAGAAGAAAAGGCCUCCUAAAGAACAAGCCCACGGUGGUGAAAGGCAAGAAGGUAGCGCGACUGGAGUGACGCCGCCGGUAGCCGCGUCAGUGGUAGGCUGUCCAGGGAUCGUGACCGCACACUGCCAUGCUGUUCUCUAAAGCCUGGUCCGUGAGCACGUAGAAUUAUGUCCAAUGACCCCAAGCUAUCCAUCCUUAUCGCUCGCGCGUAAUUAUGUUGCUGUUGCGCUC